AUGCCAUUUCUUCUCCCAUCGAAUUGCUCCUGCUACAACCUGCACUUGCCGCAUCUAGAUGCCGCAAAGGCUGCAACUCUAGACGAAUGCUCCAUCAAAAGACUCUCGCUCGAUGUGCGGACAGGUGCAGCCACCGUGUUGGCUAGGUCUGGGAUAUUCGUGCAUGGUGGACUUACAAUUCCGCUAAAUUUGAACCAAAUAACGUCUACCAACUUGCAACAGGAACUUAUCAUGCAUUUUGCACGAGAGCUGAACGAUUCGAGUACGUUCCAGAACUUGAGCCAGUGGAUCAGCAGAGAGGUGUUUUUCCUCGACUUGAUUUCAAGGCGCUGGGAGCGCGUUACCACUUUUUAUGCAGACAAUGAUGAGGAUAACGACGAGGACGAUGAAGAUGACGAAGAUGAUGACGCAGGUGACGACCAGUACGAGGGCGCAGCAGAAACGGAAACAGAACUCCAAGUAGAAGCAGAAGUUGAAACGGAGGUGAAUGAUGACGAGUACUCGUUCUCCAGUCUAAAGCUAAGUCCGAGACUCACAGAACGGCUUUUCCAUGCCAUAUGCUAUUGCAACGAAUCGUUGUAUGUGUUUGGUGGGUUAACCGUGUCACCAAAUUCGGAUUAUGAGUUUGUAGCCACCAAUGAGCUUUGGAAAUUGGAUCUUCACACCAAAGUAUGGUCAUUGGUCAGCGCUGAACCAGCGGUAACCCGUAGGUUCAACUGCCAAAUGCAUGUGUUAUAUGAGUCCGAUGCAGAAAAGGAUACAAAACUAAUUGUUGUUGGUGGGUUGAAUAACAUGGACCAACCGGUGGAAGAUGUAGACGUUUUCAAUUUGAAAACACAUAGAUGGGAAUCCGUAGAAGUAUGGAACAAUGAAGAUGACUUACACGAUAUUACCCUUAACGUGGAGGGCAAACGUACACCAUUAGUCGCGGAGAAGAACUUUUCGUUCUUGGUAGAAGAAAACGAAGCACAACUGCCAAGUUUGGCGGUUUACUCUCCUUCGAUAGAAGAAUCUAAACCACAAACUCCAACAUCUCCCAGUCAUCCCAAUGAACAACCAACGUGCAAUUUCCAAUCAGAGGAAAAUCCUCUCUUUGCGCUUCCAUUGAUGCCCGAGACAGAGGGUGUUCGAAUGCACGUUUACGAUGUUAACGAUAUGCGAAGAAAAAGAUUACAUAUAGCAUACAACCUACAAUGGCCCACCGGUGAUAAAUUUGGCUACAAUAUUAUAAUAGCGGGAUUCCACCCUAAUUUACAACCGCAUAAUUUCCACUGUUUCCUCUACAAUAUUACAUCGGGGAAAUGGACAAGGUUAAACAUCAAUUGUGAUGACUUACACACCUCAAAUCAUAGAUUCUGGAAACUUUUCUUGUGGGAAUCUCAUCAUAAGGCUUUACUACUAGGAUCUAGGAGUGGCAAUGGCGCCUUACCAUCUGUACAAAAGUUUGAUAAAUUACUCUCAUUCGGCCUUCACAUAACGAAUCUCUUCCACUCUGCGCAAACAGAACUGAAGGGAACAAGAAGUCUCUCAGGCCGUAAAUUACAAAAUAGUUCAACCCAGACGGAAACUGAUCAAUUCGAAAACUAUAGCCGAUACGUUGCCCCUCCUUCUGAAAUCACAUCGAUUAGAUCGGUAUUCCCAUCUUACUCGAUGGUUUUAGGAAAGGAUUCUUUGGAGGUUUAUAAUAAACUUUUGGCUGAUUUUGAAUUCAUCACCGAAGAUAAUGAAUCAGUUGCAGUACCAGGAUUCCUACUAAGAAAAAGAUGGGGAAGAUACUUCGAUACAUUAUUGGCAAAUGCAUAUGUGCAAAUAACGAAUGAUAGUAAAAUAUCAGAAGCCUACAAACACAUGUCAAAAAACCCGUCUGAGAAACCUAUACCCUUUAGUGGGUCUCCGCACACCUCGGCUUCAGUGUCUUCAAUCCAAAAAGAUGAUAAGAAACCCAAUUCCCAAGGAUCUUUAGAUACUUUCUUUAACCGUCACCGUCCAAGUGCUCAAUCGGUACUGAGUAACCCACCUUCUUUACAUAGGAAGUCUGCUUGUCUUUUUUUCAAUACAUCACCAAUUGCUUCAAAAUCUUCGGAUAACAAUAUUUCAUCUAAUCAAUCGUCCAAAUAUGGUCCAGAUGACUUAACAUCUACUGCAAUCAGUGAGAACUUGGCAGUAGGAACAGCAACUAGUAUACCAGAUCCUAUUACGUCUCUAGAAGAAGUAUCAGAGCAAUCUUCCUUAAGAAGGCAAUCUACUGCUACAUCUGGUGUAACUAGCUCAUCAGGUGGGAUGGUUUUCCGUGUUCCAUUCCGCGCGAGCGGUGAAAGUUCCAAAAAGUCUACUCCACCACCAGUUAGUCUGGAUCCUAAUGAGGUAUCAGAUCCAUCUAAGAUUUCAGGAUCAUCAUCUAACAGAAAGAAUUCGGAAAGUUCCUACUCAGCUGCAUAUUCAGAUGAUUAUCGGAGAAGUAAUCAAUCACAAUCGAGAAAACUAUCUCAAUCUACUGUGAAUGAUAACUUACUGCAUUCAAGCUAUGGUUUUAAUAGCCCACUAAGCUCCCGUAAGGCUUCCAUUGCUUCAACAUCAAGUUCAUUUUCUCAUGUAAGUUCAACAAGUGAUAGAAUGGGUGAAUCAAUAUACAGGAGCGCAAGCGCGGAUGAAGUAUUAAGCCUGAAUAUUGCAUUACCUUCUCCACAGCCAGCUCCAUGCGAACCGUUGCCGGCGCUUCCAUCGCAUCCGCCUCAUGAUUUUAAUGUUGCAAAAAAGUCAUUAGAUCAUCUGGGCAUAGAGUCAAGAUACAGAACAUCUACUUCCCCUCUAUCCAGCAGAAGAUCAUCACUACACCAUGAUAUAUCACAACAUAUAUCUCCAGACAGCAUUUAUCAUAAUAGAAUCGAUGAGGUCUUCAAUGGAGACCCUCUCCAAAAAACCGAUAGUAAGAACGACGGAAUAACGACCCCUCAAAACGAGAGAUAUUCAUUCGCGUCUAACGCAGAUAGCUUUAACAGUCAACAUCCUAAUAAUGCUGAAGUAGAUUUCGAACCUCUUUUCAUGCCAAGAUCUUUAUAUAUGCCUUGGCCAACAGAAACAGUGAAGGCGUUUGCUGAGUUCUUUUAUACUGGCCAAGUUGAUGGUAAGUGGCCUUUAACACCAGUUGCAGUCGGGUUGUUAAAUAUGGCAAAGCUAUACGAGGUUCCAUUGUUGUUUGACCUAAUGUUGGAAGUAUUUUACUCAAUUAUUGGGAAAAAGGAGGAGAGUCUAUUCAUCAUUUGCAAAUCAGUAAAAGAAUCCUUUUUAAGUAGAGUUUCUGCUGCAUUUGAUGAAGACAACGAAGGAAUGGAGGAGUAUUUAGAUAAUCUCAAGAACUAUCAGGAUUUUCUAACGGUUGAAAACUCUUUGAAUAGUAUUGAUGACGGCUAUUUCGAUAUUGAUCAUUUAAGAAAGGCAUCAACAGCCUUUUCAGUUAGCACGGUGAGUAGUAAUAAUACCCAAGAUCCAAACGAUAAAUUGAGUGGGGUGGAUUCUCCAGGAUACGUCCCCACGGUAAUGUCAGGCAGCCCAAGAGAUAGUAUUAACUCGAUUUCCUCGUUACAGUAUCCUUCAACAAUAUUUGGUGGAACUUCAAGCAAGAAAUCAUCAAUAUCACACGUGCAACAAAGGAUCAAUAAUAACCCUAAACAUAAAUCGAGUUUAAGCAAGGAGGUUUCAACAGCCGGCUCCCAAGAAGAGAUCUCACGUCCGUCAUCGUCUUUACAGAUUAAACGUGAAAGCCUUGAGAUGCAUAGAAUAGAUGACGAGUUGGAUCAAGUGAAAAAUCUAUUGGAAGAAGAAGCAAGUGGUAAACGCAAAAACCCGGAUCAAGACGAUUCCGGCUAUAGUUCUGAUUCAGACGAUCUGGGCGUCGGUUUAGGCUUACCAUCCAAGAGCAAGAUCGAGAAAUCAUUCCGGGAACGUGCUCUCGAAUUGGAAGAAUCAGUUGAUCCAUUGUCUAGAACUUCAACAGAAUUCAGCUUUUCACACAGUAGGGGAAAUAAUAACUUGCUUAGCGGCAAGAUACGGAACGAUCCUGCAUAUAACAACCAAAGGAUUGCUACGUUGGACAGUUUAGCCUCACCAAACUCACUCCCACCUGUCGAUUACGUAAUGGAAUUAAUUUACGAAUCCGCUGUUCUUGUCAGCGAUGUUAAGCUGAUGAUGAGAUGUAUGGACUGUCUCCAUAUUUCGAAGGAAUUGAAGAAGAUAAAGAGAAAACUCAUUCAAGACAUUACAGAACUCGAGGAAACUGCGCCAAAAUCGAGAAAGGCGGCUUCCAACUUUGAAAUCAGAACAGACUCUCACGAGAACUCGCCAGCCCCACGUUAUCACUCUCACCCACCUUCAAGCGCUCCAUCCUCGUCAAAGUCGUUUGAAAAGAUCACAAGAACGAUCUCCAAUUUGACAAUAGGAAGCAGCCGUUCGAAGACAAAUGCCAGCAGCAAGUGA